AUGGGAGAAGCGGCGGAGCAAGCACAUGGUUUCCACGUGACCACCAUGAAGAAGCAGCUCAUAACGGCGGUUCUUCCCCUCCAGGACCACUGGCUCCCUCUCUCAAACCUCGACCUCCUCCUCCCUCCUCUCAACGUCAGCGUUUGCUUCUGCUACAAGAAACCAAGUAACAUGACUAUUUCAGUGGCUCAUGAAACCCUCAAGACGGCUUUGGCGGAGACUCUCGUUUCCUACUACGCUUUCGCCGGCGAGAUAGUCACCAAUCCCACCGGAGAGCCGGAGAUUCUCUGCAACAACCGCGGCGUAGAUUUUGUGGAGGCCGAUGCUGACGUGGACCUCCGAGAGCUUAACCUGUAUGAUCCUGAUGAAAGUAUCGCCAAGCUUGUUCCCAUCAAGAAACAUGGAGUCAUAGCGAUUCAGGUGACUCAGCUGAAAUGUGGGAGCAUAGUUGUGGGAUGUACAUUUGAUCAUCGUGUGGCCGAUGCGUAUUCCAUGAACAUGUUCCUUGUUUCGUGGGCCGAGAUCUCUCGAUGCGAUGUACCAAUCUCAUGUGUACCAUCGUUUCGAAGAUCCCUGUUGAACCCACGACGACCAUUGAUCAUGGAUUCAUCUAUAGAAAAUAUGUAUAUGCCUGUAACGUCCUUGUCCCCUCCGCAAGAAACCACCAAUCCAGACAAGAUCCUGGCGAGCCGUAUCUAUUACAUCAAAGAGGAUGCAUUAAAAGAGCUCCAAGCCCUAGCCAACGGCUCGAAAAUUACGGUUAAAAGGACGAAACUCGAAUCGUUCAGCGCGUUUCUAUGGAAACUCGUGGCGAGACACGCAGCAAAAGAUCCAGUCCCGGGCACGAUCUCGAAACUCGGGAUCGUCGUGGACGGAAGGAGGAGACUUAUGGAGCAAGAAAAAAACACCUACUUCGGGAACGUUCUCUCGAUCCCAUUUGGUGGGCAAAGAAUCGAUGACUUGAUCAACAAGCCACUGUCUUGGGUGACCGAAGAGGUUCACAGAUUCUUGAAGAGUUCUGUGACCAAAGAACAUUUCUUGAAUUUGAUCGACUGGGUUGAGACUAACCGCCCAACUCCUGCGGUUUCAAGAAUCUACAGCACUGGAUCCGACGACGGACCCGCUUUUGUGGUUUCUUCCGGGAGGAGUUUUCCGGUGACCCAAGUGAAUUUCGGGUGGGGCUCGCCGGUUUUCGGAUCUUAUCAUUUCCCAUGGGGAGGUAGUGCCGGGUAUGUGAUGCCGAUGCCUAGUUCGGUCAACGAUGGAGACUGGAUGGUUUACUUGCACCUUACGAAAGGACAGUUGGAGUUUAUUGAGAAAGAGGCUUCACAUGUGCUUGGACCAGUUGACAGUAAUUACCUCAAGAUUUAA